UAUGUUUUUCUCCCCUCAGGAGCAGAAACAUUUAAAGAAAUCACGGAACUUAUUGGUGGAUCUGUGUUCUUGAAUCUAAUAGAGACAAAGCUGAAACAUUUCUUCCAGGUAGUCUGGAAAAAGAGAAAACACAGAAAUUGCUUGGACAAAAGGUUCUUGGUUUUGGUGCUAUGAGGAAUAUGUUAACAGGUCUGAGAAUGUGUCUGAUUACAGUCUUAGACUAGACGGGAUUCAGGAAUGUGACUGUGGCAGAUAUUCUACAGAAGUGAACGACAGAGAUGGGAGAACCAUAUAUGAAGGCAUUGCUAAUGUGAAAGCUGGCUCAGUCACCUGGACCGGUGUGCUCAGCGGCGGCUCAGCAGUCUUUUCUGUGGGAAUUCAAAGUCUGCAGAACCUCUCCAGAAUGAGCAAGAGGGAUGUGAAAUGCUUGACAACUGUCUUAAAUGAUAAUUUGUUGGCCAAGUGCGGCAAUUCUGCCAGCAGAUGCCUGAACUUGCAGAAUGGCUCUCUAGUGCUGAGGAGCGUGGAGAAAGAGGAUGAAGGAAAAUACGAGUUUGUUUUUCACAACACCACCAGCACUUUUACACUGGAAGUGUUUGAGCCGGCCAUUGGUGUCCAGUGCUUCCCUAAUGGGACUGGAGAGUUGUCCUGCGACGUGACCAGCAGCAAGGGCACCACCUUUCAGUGGCUGCUGAAUGGCACUGCGCUGAAGACCCCUGAGGCUUGCAUUAAGGAUGGUGGGAAGAAGGUUCGCCUGGACAAAACCGUGCCUGGGGAAUUUGUAUGUGAGGUUUACCAUGGGAACAGUGUCACAAGGACCAGGCCCGUUGUGCUGUCCUGCAGUUAUGGAGACCUGCUGCAGUACCCGUGGUUCAUUUACAUCCUGGCAGGAUGCGCAGGGGGUGCGGUUAUCCUGGUGGUGGUUGUGUCCUCAGUCAUAUGUUGCUGCAUGAAGAGGAAGCACAAGUUCAUCCCAGUGCCUUCAGAGGAGGAGAAGGAUGAUGGACUAACAAUGUCCGUGGUCUCCAGUGAAGGUGUGAAGAGCCCCCCUGAUGGAGACCACGUUGAGGCUCAAGCUGCCCAAAUCGACUGUCCUUCAAAGCCUGAUGCUGCCCAGACUGGUCAAGGCAUUGAGCCUGAGCCCCCUGUGGAAGAAAAUUUGCCAGUGGAGAUAGAACCUGAGGAAAUGCCAGACCCAGCGGUCAUAAUUGAUGUGGAAAGCCAGGAAAACGCCUCGGACUGUUUCCCGGAUCCAGCUGAUGACUGAUCUGGUGUGCUUGCCAUUCCGCCCUGUCUUGAAGCCUAUGACACUCGUCCUUUGCAUCCCAUAGUCUCAUUGUGUGUAAGAAUUGUUCUGGAAAAUUUUAGCAGGGAAAGAUGUGAGGUGUCAGGCCUACUAACCUCAUUUAAAAAAAAAAAAAAAAA